CCUCACUAUUUAGUCUCUCCAGCACUUACUGCAGGCAGACCAGAAAGAUUUCUGCAGAGCAAAAAAAGACCAGACUGGUCUGCAUCUUUGUUCAACAGCUAAGAAGCAGAAGAAGCGAUGAGUGAAGUCACCAAGAAUUCAUUGGAGAGAAUCCUUCCACAGCUAAAAUGUCACUUCACUUGGAACUUAUUCAAGGAAGAGGGCAUCUUAAGUCAUCUAGAAGACAGAGUGUGUAACCAGAUUCAUUUGCUAAGCACUGAAUUCAAAGCCACAAUGUACAACUUGUUGGCCUACCUGAAACAUCUACAAGGUCAAAAUGAGGCAGCCCUGGAAUGCUUACAGCAAGCUGAAGAGUUAAUCAAGAAAAAACAUGCUGGGAAAGAAGAAAUCCGAAGUCUGGUCACCUGGGGAAACUAUGCAUGGGUCUACUAUCACAUGGGCCAGCUCUCAGUUGCUCAGACUUAUGCUGAUAAGGUAAAACAGGUCUGUGCAAAGUUUUCUAAUCCUUACAGUAUUGAAUGUCCUGAGCUUGACUCUGAGGAAGGAUGGACACAACUGCAGUGUAGAAGAAAUGAAAGGGCGAAGGUGUGCUUUGAGAAGGCUCUGGAAGAGAAACCUGACAGCGCAGAAUUCUCCUCUGGACUAGCAAUUGCAAUGUACCGCCUGGAUUAUAAGCCAUGGAGGCAGUUCCCUGCCAAUGCUCUGAGGCAGGCUAUUGAGCUGAGUCCAGAGAAUCAAUAUAUCAAAGCUCUCUUGGCCCUGAAACUACAGAAAAUAAAUGAAGCUGAAGCGGUACAACUGAUUGAAGAGGCCCUGGUGAAGGCUCCUCACCAAACAGAUGUCCUACAAAGUGCAGCCAAAUUUUACAGAAAAAAAGGUAAUUUAGACAAAGCUAUUGAAUGCAUUCUAAGGGCCUUGGACUCCACUCCAAACAAUCGCUACCUCUAUUCCCAAAUUAUACGCUACUACAAGGAAAAAGUAAAUCAAGUGCAGAAUACAGGAGAAUCUGAAGCCCAAGGAGAUAGAGAGAAGAUUGAAGAACUGAGAGCAUUAAUUACUGACUAUAAAAAUAAAGUUGAGAAGAUGCCACAUUUUCUGAAUGCACCCUGUGAUCUCACUGAGUUCAGGAAAGCAGAAGAAUGCUAUCAGAGAGCUUUCAGCAAGGAGCUUCCCAGUGCUGAGAAGCAACAACUUAACACCAGCCAUGGCAACAUUAAGGAAUAUGAAAGGAAGUCUGAAGACACUACAGUCAAAAAUUACUUAGAAAGUUUUCCUAAAAGCAAAAAAUCAUCUGAGAGGGAUGAGACAAGUUAUGUUGCUGAAUAUAACACAGCUGUAAAUCUGCCUCCAAAAAAUGCACCAAAUUCUUGCUACCUACAAGCCAGUGAGGAUCUGCUACAAGCUACAGAAUGUUAUGAAAAUAAACUGGACCAUCUACUAAAGGACCCCUUCAGGUAUAGGCAGUGUGUUCCCGCCAGCUCCCCAGCAUCUGAGCCUGAAGGUGGCAGUGAGGAAAUGCGCCAGAAUGCAGGCAGCUCCACUCCCAGCGAGCUUCCGCAUUCCUGACCGGGAACAAAAAGGAAGAAGAGAAGCACAGCAUCCAAAGGCCCAGUAUGGUGGUUGUGAUGGGGAGAAAGCUGGGGAGACAGGAAGCCCCCAACCUGCGGUUGUUAAGCACAGUGUUCUUGUUUGUUGCUUUCAAGUACAUUUUUAAAUUGUAGUUUUCUCAGGCUUGGGAUUUAGCUCAGGGGUUCCACUGCCUGCCUCACAAGCGCAACAUCUUGGAAUUUGAUCCCUGGUUCCCCUCUCCCCACAAAGAGUAGUUUUCUCAUGUUCUGUGCAUCCCAGCCACACAGCUCUCUGUACAGCUGGUCUUACUGCCAGUCACUAGUAGCUCAAGGCUGCCAUACAGCUUAUUUUUUCUCAUUUUUCACUCAUUUGUCAUAAAAUCCCCAUCUGUCCUUCUGUUCAAGGGUAAUACAUGGCAGUGGCCUUCCAACCAAAUCUUCAAUCUCUUCUUUUGUCCCAUUUCCAUCCAGCCUUCUGAGCCUACAGGAUUAACUUUUGUGUAACCUUAGAAUGGUCUUUACAUCUUACUAUUGGCUUAAGCUAUAUCUGUAUUGUUUUGUGUUUUCAUUUUUGUUUUUUACAAUACUGGAGAUUGAACCCAGGAACUUAGU